GCGACUGGUGCAUUGUUUUCUGCUCCUGUUUCAUAAAGCCCUGGGCCCUGCGGUUUGAAGGGAAGACAACGGGAUAUGAAUUACCCAAAUACACAGACACUCAGCUUCGUGUUUACUGAAUGGAGGGAGUGGACGUUCGGUUCCUGAACCUCGGCGCUGAAGACGGCCAGGCCUCACGCACAGGGUAAAGCCGUGCUUCUCGGUUGGAAAAACUAAAAAAGCUCUCUGGACGGCGGGGCCAGAGCUGAUGGCAGACAAUGUCAGCCACUAACAACAUAGCCCAGGCCCGGAAGCUGGUGGAACAGCUCCGCAUCGAAGCCGGGAUCGAGCGCAUCAAGGUCUCUAAAGCCUCGUCGGAACUCAUGAGUUACUGCGAGCAGCACGCCCGGAACGACCCCCUGCUGGUCGGCGUCCCUGCCUCCGAGAACCCCUUUAAGGACAAGAAACCGUGUAUUAUUCUAUAGCUCUGCCUUCCUGUGUGUCCCCCCCACCUCUGUCUCCCCCUCGGUCAGGGCAUCAUUCAGUACGUAGCCAAGCAAAGCGUUCCCUGUCCCCAAAACUUUUAAUUCCAAAAGAAAUGCAGAACGUCGCCACCGCCCAGAUGGGGUAAAACGUGCCCUCUGGGUUUGGACGGAUUUUCAGACCCAACAACGCAGCCCUCUCACGGGCCGGCCGGAAGGGGGGCGGUGACUUCACACCACUUCCUGUUAGGAAUAAGUGAGAUGCCUAGGCCACGGGGGUAACAAUUUUUUAAGACUCUCCAUUGCCACUUGAGCUGUGGUCCAGCGCCGAGCGGGGCCGGGAAGGGACAGAGGUGGGGGAAUUUGCUGCUGGCCCGGGCGACCUGGCCGGUGACCGUUGUCCACUUGUGACGACUUCUGCCAGGUCGAUGCUGCCAUGCUUCUCUUUUCUUAAGCAGAGUAAAAUUGGGUGGGGGGCAGGGGAGGGACAUAAUGAACUUUUGGGGGAAGAUUUCUCCUUUUCUUUUAAAAAAUUGUGAUUCCACACUGCUAAAAUCGGAUUUUGAUGGCUGAAGCUGUCGCUAAAGUGUACCAUGUAGUAAUGCACAGGUGGGUUUUCGGGGCUGGGAGGGGGGCAGGGCCGGGAGGGGGGCUUUAUCUGUGAAACGCACCCUGUGUCGCCAAGUGUCACCCCACUGUGUGGCCUCUUUAUUGGAUAUGUCCCUCCACAGCCACACCGUGGGCCCCGCCCUUGGCUGGGGACCCGUGCUUUACAGAAGCGGGUUUUCAGCAGCCCGCCCGGGCCCCCGGGAUGGCCAGGCGUGUUUCGUUUUGUUUUAAGCACGAGAGGGUGAUGGGGGCAGUCAGAAGCUGCCAUUCUCUGCGGCUCUUCCCGGUGUUUUGUUUUGUUGUUUCCACUUGCACAUCGCUGUGGGCAGUUUGCAAACAGAAGUGCGGCCUGGGGAGGCCCGGUGCCUGGGCGGCUGUAAAAAGGCGUUAAGUUAUCUGGAAGCAGCCUCGAGGGCCUCACACUUGCCUUCUGAGUGGAGUUCUGCACCCUCCCAGCCGCCUUGCAAAGUUAGGAUGUCGCAGGGUUGAAGGAUGGGGCGGGGGAGCCUGUUUUAAUUCCUUCUCCUCUGUUAGACGUGGAGCAGCCCCCUCCCUCGCCUGCAGCCUCCGGGACCCCACGCAGCCCUGAACUCUGACAUCCCCACCUGCCUUGUCACUCGCCACGAGCCGGGCCCGGAGGCAAACAGUGGCAGGAAGGUGGCCCAGCUCUGCCGAUGGAAGGCAGGGACUGAGGGCCCAGGUCUUCGCCUCACGGGGCCAGAGCCUCGUGCCCCCCUCCCAGCGCUUCCCACGCCGAGCGCCCGGGGCAGUGCCAAGGCUCAGAUCUUGCCAAAGCUGAGAAGGUUCGGUGGGGUGCCCCUCCGUCCCCGCCUGGCCGGCUCCCUCAAGUGCAGACUGCAGGCCGAUCCGCCCCGCACCCAGCUCUCUCCGGCUGGUCCGGGAGCACAGGGGCUUGGGGGGCCCAGCCCCUCCAAAGCUGCGGUUGGAUGGAGAACCCUGUAAAGGGUCCUCGAUGCUGCAGCUGCCUGUCGCUGGGCAGGGAGCCAGCCGGCCUGGGGGUGCCUCUCCCCAUCCACUGCAGAACAGCAGGAUGGAACAAGAGGCUGUUCUAGAAGCCCAGGGGGAGCCAGGGCACGGUGCGGAUUCACCCCGAGACGUCAGAGGGGACAGGUGGCAGAGCGGGGCUCAGGGAGGCCACAUCUGCCCGCGAGGGCGACCCCUCCCGCCCGGCCCUUCCCACCAGCCGUCUGGCGACUGGUGGCCAGCGCACCCCCUUUGCUCCGAGAAAGAAGCCUUAAUCCCUUGAGCCGUCCUUGGGCACCCACCCUUCCUCCUGUGUCCCCCGCCGUCCCCGUCCUCUGGCCGCCAGGCCCCAGAGAGGACAAGAGGUCCUGAUCUCAGCAUCAGGAACACGCCAGGGGCCCAGACGCCCCCCCAACCCCCAGCCCUGCCAGCUGUGCCAUGCCCCACCGUGUGUCCCCACCCGAGCGCCCCCGGAGAAGCCAGCGGGAAGCCAAGCCAGGAACCCCGCCGGGGGAGGUGGGGUGAUCGCCCACUCUGGGCUCAGCCAGCCAACGUCCUCCCGCCCCCCAGCCCUGAGGCAAACUCAGACCCGGGCGGGGAGAGGCUCCCCAGUCAGACACCCCCGAGACUGAGCCUUCUGGGGAAACUGAGGCCCAGAGGGAACGAGGACAGGCUGUCCGCCCGCCCCACUGCCGCUCCUUCUCAGCUGCCUCCCCAGGUGCCCACUGCCCCGUCCCCUGAGCCUGGCAAGCAGGUGCCCACAGCCUUGGACCCAGGGUGGCAGCGAUGGGCAGAAGCCUCACCGUGGGUUUCCUUCUAGCUGAGAAGAACCCUCCUUUUCCCUCCCCCCUUUAGAGUAAAUCUCGUGUCCGUAGUGUAGACCAGCAUCAGCGGAGACGGCUCCUGCCGUCUUGGGCAAGUGGCCGGCAUGACAACGUGGUCUUCGGGACUGUUAUGUGCCCCGCGAGGCAGGGGGCUGGCGGUGGUGGCAGCAUGGACCUGGGCGAAACCAGCAUCUCCCAACCAUGUCAUGGGGGGAAGUUAAGGAUACACACGCACCCCCAAAAAAGGGCAGGAGUGGGAAACACAGAGCCCCCCCCUUUCUUCUGCAGCCAAGUUCAGUGUUUCCAGGGGGCCCAGCUGAGCCCUUGGCCAUGGGGGCACCUCCCCUCCCCUCCCCCAUCCUCCCCCAAAGGUGAC